AUGCGUUUAUUCGUUGGUUACAAAUCAUCAAAUCAAAGCUUUAAACAAUUAGAAGUAGAAACCGAAAGAGGUGAUGCCGGUUAUCUUCAAAUGGAUUGCGCCCGUGAAUCUUUCGCAUUUGCAACAUAUAAACCAAAAUCAGAAAGGAAAGUUAAAAAGUUUGUUCAUUCGUUAUAUAAUAAUGUUCAAAAAUAUGAUAACUCAGUAUGUGGUAAAUAUAUUGACCCUUCGGAAGUUUUCAAGAACGCGAAUAAAGAAGUUGAUAUCACUUUUGAUAUGAUUAUUCCGGUAAAUGAUUUGUUAGCAUUUCAGGCGUUCGAUGAUUAUCCUAAAUCAUUUGGUGAUAUCAUUCUUAAAUAUUAUGUUUUCAGGGAUACUUUAGUAUUUUGUCAGGUUGACCCGUUAAGAGUUGCUGAUUUACAAAAUUACGUUUAUGAAAAGAUAACUGAUGAAAAUUAUGAAAAGAUUAUGAAUCAUGUUUAUAAAUAUGAUCGCAAAUUCCAACAAAUCGGACUUCCUGCCAAAUUAAUUACAAGCUUAGCCGCUACAUCUGCUGAGGCAACAGUUGAUGACGUUAUUAUUUCAUGCGCAAAGAUGGAAGUUUUAGAGGAUAAAUGCAUUACACCAGGAUAUGGUUUAAUUGAAGAAUCAGUUAAAGCAAUACCACGUUUAUUCAGUAAGGAAGAUCCAUUCAUGAUUCCAGCUUAA